AUGAUACGCUGGCGAGGAAGCUUUGGCAAGCAACACUGCGGUAUUACCGAUAAGAAUAUCAUUACCGGCUGUAUUAUGAUAUUACGGUCAAUACUUGGCCCAUCGUAUCAACUUGUUGGCGAGCCUCUCCUGUGCAUCUACGGCACACUCGAAUUUGAUAUUUCAGGAAACCAACCUUGGAACCUUGAACCUUGGAAAGGCACGCUUUGGGAGCGGUUUACAAUCACGUCACAUGAUAUAGGAAGCAACAAGCGCGAAAAAAAAUGGAACAAGAUUUCCCGAAAAGAAAACCAACACCAAACUCGAAGCCAACGCAAAAUUGGGACGCUGGAGCGCUUUGGAAUUUGUUUAUUGCCGCUACGCUCAUUAGUUAAAUGCACCACCAUCUGCCAGGCAAUAUCGUCACGGCUUCUUGUUGCAAUUGGUAUCAUUGUCCUAGUGCGAUCUCCAAACCUGAUCAGUUGA